AGAAGAAGAAAAAAAAAACUCCUCCAUCAGCGCCUCUGACCUGCUUCAGGGUUCCAGCCCGCAACAUUCUUGCAUACCGAACCUGCGCUGGGCACCCUUAUCAUUCCGCUGACAGCGAAAGAGACCGAGACCGACCGACUGACUGAAGACCAGCAUGUGGCCCACAGGCCCUGAACUACUGUAGCGACAGACCGACGCCUUGGCUACAUCGCGGAUUUGGGACCUUUACGGAGAGUUCUGCUGACUAAAGCAAGGCUUGCAAACAAACCCCAAAAGGGAAACCCUCGGUCUGGACAAAAGACAUCAGGAUGUUGUCAAACAAAGGCGAGCAGAGGUCUUUCGGCAAUGGGCGGCUCCGAGACCAAUGGGAGAAGAGAGCGCAGACCAUCGCCGACCAGUGCAAACAAGAGGGGCAGUUGAGGGAGAAAAGUUCCCUCAAAUUGCUUUACUCGAAGUGGAACUAUCACUGGGCUCUGGCGGCCAACGGGGAUACGAGCAAAGGCGAACCGUCCGACUUUCAGAGGGUCACUUCGGAGGAAGCAGAAAAAAACAAGCCGAAAAUCAAAUUCAAAAUCGUACCUCCCCCACCUCCCCAACCCAAAAGUAAAGCGCCACCCCGUCCUCCGAGGAGGGCGUCGCCCCAACCUCUCAUAGUGAAGCGUAAAGUUGAAGUGGACGUCUUCCGGUUGCACUGGAAAGAGUCCUGGAUGAGUCUGAAACCGCCAAAGUAUCUUUUUCUGAAAGCCAACGAGGCAAAAAACAAAAUUCAAGGAUUUACAACGAUAGAGGCGGUCAGAGACGACAAGUACAAACCUGUGCAACGGCCAUCCCAGCCUGAGUGCAUUUCGACUCUUGACUGGAGACGAUCCUGGAAGCAGGUCAAGGCUGCGACCCCGUCAGCGUGUCGGGGGCAGCAACGAUUCCAAUGGGAUAUUUUGUUCGACAGAGUUGUGGUCCCCAAACCGGAAAUAGGAAUCUAUCAACUUCCCGUAUGGGCCGGCACCUGGAAAAUUAUGAACUUUGCCUUCAGACAAGAGAAGCAAGAGUGGGAUGGUGAAUGGCCUGCUUUCCAACAACAUUUCUCGAACAAGGUUGACCACGUGCGGCAACUGCUGGAGCAGGACGAGCCUCCAGGGUGGGAGGAUUCGUGGAGGCUUUCAAAAGCCACCGUUAGAGCCGAAGACUGUACGUGGUUUGAGCUCAUGUUCGAAACGGUGAAGCUAAAUGAUGUGCUGCUGCCCGGGUGGAACAAGUCCUGGCUGAUCUCCGCAGCUGUCCGGGAGGAAGAAGAAGAUCAUGAAAAGAUCUGGAGUUCCUGUUGGCCUUUCAGGCUGCAGCUAAGGUGGCGGAAGUCUUCACUCCAAUCCCAUCAAAGGCACAGCAACUUGAUGACAAGGAGACGGAAGAUUCUCAACUCCGUCCUCACGUCAGAAUUUAAUGACGCGAAUGUCGAUACCACCGAGUGGCGGGAUUCUUGGAGGACUCUGAAAAGAUGGAACCCACCAGAAGAGGAUGACCCGGACAAUGACACGGAGGUUUCGGAAUUACUUACGGACACGGAAGAAGAGGAUGAAGGGGUGGACAAUGAUGACGAGAGCGACGGAUCAGACGAGGAGGCAACGCGGGAUGAAGCCAGCGAAGAUGAUAAAGAGGAGGAUGAAGGCGUGGAUGAGGAAGAGGAAGCGGAGGACACCGAGCUUGAAUACAACGAAGAGGACAUCAACCGAAAGACAGAAACAACCAACGGGGCAAAUUUUGAAAUUGAGCCGACGUGUGAGGAGGACGAAGACGAUCCAGAAAAUGAAGAUGAGGAAAAUCAGGAAUUGGAUGAGGAUGACGAAGAGCUCGAAGAAGACGUCGAAACGCGCGAGACGAAACUGCAGAAUCAUCACAUUGACGUUCACAAUCAGGAGGAGGACGAGGAGGAUGAAGAUGGAGACAGCGGGGUGACCGACGAUGAAAAGGAGGAGAAAGUGAACGAAAAGGAGGAGCGAGGAAAUGCAGUCCAGGAAGCGCAAGCGUACAGCAACAUCUCACUGCAGCUCAAAGAGAUCUUCAGAAUGAUUACAAACAAAAGGGAGAAAGACGAGGAGGAAACGGAUGAAGGGAAAGACCGAGCAUCGACGCAAACGCGGGACGUGCCAAAGAGGCGAGGUGGGACCGACCAGGGAGAUGGAGACGAGGCGGCUUACCUUCGGGAGGAGGAGGAAGGACAAGCGGAAGGGGAAGACGAGAUCGAGGAGGAGGACGAAGAGACUGAGGAGGAGGUUGAGGAGAAAGAUUUCACAAGAGAUAUCGAAGACGCUGAUGACGCUGAGGAGGAAUCUCUCGGCGAAGACCAAAGAGCGAAGGAGGUCACGGUGAAGACGCACGAAGACGCAGCACUUAAGAAGGAAGACAACGCCAACGAAGAGCAGGAAAACAAGUCCGGGAAGUCAAUCCAAUGCAAAGCAAAGGUGCCGCUUCACCUGCAGUUCCACAAAGCCGACGCCGCCUUGUCCUCGUGGACGCGGUCCUGGAUGGUGGCGGUGGCUCACAGGAGAAGCGACGGAGAGGAUGAAGCCAACCGCGCCGAUGGAGGUCAAGAGGAGCUGAAGGCGUGGCGGGAAUCUUGGAGGAUCUGUUACCGGAGAAAGCCGCGCCGGGAUGAAGUGGCGUCUUUCUCCGCAGAGCACCGGCGAGUCAAAGGACUCGUGGACGAAGACGACGGCCCGCUCAAGACAAAAUGGACUCUCAGCUGGAAGAUGACCAAGAAACGUGAGGACGUGAAAUUAUCAGCAUGAAAGGAGGCUGCAGAAGCAGCUCGAAUAUGGCGUCUUACAUCGAAAUGGAAGGAAAAAAAAAAAAAAAGAAUGAACUGACUGAUCUGAUCAUCAUCUCGGCUGCUUUAAUACUGUACGUGUAGAUCAGGGCUUUUUUUUUGUUUGAAGGUCGCAUGCAGAAAAACGUAAGGGUGAAAAGGCCACUUUGAAAUUCUUCAAGUUUGUAAAACGCGCUUAAGUCGGUCGAGAAAGCAAUGAAAGUGGAACCUCGUUCCGACAUACCUCGAGGGAAGGAGGAUAUCUCGAUCGUUUCGAUCACGUGAGCCUCGUGAGUUUGAUUCCACCCAUCAUACCUCUCAUUGUCGUCAGGCUGCGGUUCUUCAUGAGUGCUGUUUUCAUAUUUCGCAAAACGUAUCAUAGCAGAGGCAUUUUUAAAACGUGUGGGGGGGAAUAUGACAAAGGAAGAGAAGAUGAAACGAAUACGCGCAUCAUCAGACUUGUACAUUUGUAAAAUAACGUCUGAAUGCACUCACGCCAGAUUUGUAAAUGUGUACAGGGAUGACAAAAUAUUCAAUGAGGAAUGUCUGGUUGGAUUUGUAAAUAAAACG